AUGGACGCUGCGAAAGAUGGAAAAGGUUUGGCUGCUGCUGCCACUGGCAAUGCAGAUGAGCAACCAGUUGGUUUGGUUGGCAACUUACCCAUCUUACUAGAAAAGACGGAGCGGCGGGAACCUGAGAGUUUCACUGACGUUCCGCCACAAGUUACCAGUACCGACCAGCUUGGGAGGGACUGUCUUGUGGGCGAGGUUGGAAAGAGCUUGAUUCUAGAACAAGAAGGAGCGAACUGGGCCGAGUUGAAUCGUUCUGGCUCUUUUUCCGUCGAAGCAUCCAUUGCACAUGACCCUCAAAACGUUCUCCAUAUCGCCAAUAAUGCGGGAAAGAAUUCAUCAGAUACUUAACCCCAACAACCGCAACGGAUUUUUCCUGGAGCUGUGGCGAUUGCCGGCACUUCAGGGCAAUCUCAUGGUUCGGUGUCAGGCAAUGGUUACUACAACAUGG